GUUCAAUUCAUCCUAUCUCUCUAGCUAGCACUUGAACAACAAUAAAAUUCAAUAUUGAGCUAGAACUAAUGGAGCAAAAUUUUGUUGUAAUCACCAAGAAAGCAUGGAGGUUGGUGCGUGUGAUGUUCUUCAUGUUAAAGAAAGGAAUUGCCAAAAGAAAAUUCUUACUUGACCUUAGCAUGAUGUUGAAGCGUGGCAAGAUCACUAGCAAGGCCUCAACGAUCCCCAAAGAAUACGAGUUUAGUUGCCGCGACACCCCUCCUUACCCACUCUCCCUCUUUUCCUCCCACAAGAAACACGAAAACAAACAUAGCCGCCUUGCUAGGUCUAACACACCAUUGGUUGUGGAUGAUUGUGAUGAUAUUAUCAUAAAUCCUGCGGUUUUGAAGGCUCUUGAUAUGAUGACAAGUAGGGCGUCUCCCAAGGAUGAGCAACUAAUGAGAAUGGACUCACCGGCGGCAUACAAUGAGGAUAAAGAUGAUUGUGUAGACGAGGCUGCUGAAAACUUCAUAAGGAGGUUCUAUAAUGAUCGGAUACGUACUGAAAACUAAAUUAAUGAGGGACUACGACUAUAUAUACAAUGACUAAUUUUCAUUAGAGGGUUAUAUGAAACUACACUUGAUACCUUAGAUGUUUUCAAGUUUUUCGAUUUUGUCAUUCGUAUAACCUCAUCAAUUUUGAUAUUAUUUUAGAUUGUGUUAACGAAAACAAAUAGCAAUAAAUUUGGGCAGUGGAAACACGAA